GCAGGCAGAGGAUCAAGCAGCAGCAGCACAGAGCAGAGGUAAGCACUUCAGUGGCCAUUGAUGUUUCUCCGGCUUUGUUGACGACAGCCGGUCCUCAAUGGGAUCCCUGAGGCUGGUUGAAAAGGCAGAUUGGCUGACGUGAUGACGUUACCGGGAGAAGCAGCUCUCCUGCAGGCUGACAGCUGAUGGAGUCCCUGCUCCUCCUCUCACACACACGGCCGGGGUCGUAUGAGGAGGACACGGAGCCCUGAAAUGACACACUGAACUGGACAGAAACGUUACAAACCUCAACUGGAAGCACUGGGAGGUGUUGAAUGGAAUGGAUGCAUCGCCUGUUGAUAAGUUUACAAGAUAAAGUUUUUUCUUUUUUGGAUCAGCAGACAGGAGUCUAGAAUCAUCUGCCACUGUGGAUUUCUAAAUAAUCUUCUGGUACUCUCAUCUGUUGCCUUGUCAUUGAAACAUCAUCAACAAGGCAGCUCACUGAUCAAAUUCAUCACAAUGACUUGAAUGAGUGCCUUUUGUUAUGUAUGCAGCCCAUUCGGCUCUUCAAUCCAGCAUCGCUAAAGUCCACAGUUUUGUGACCCCAUUUUUACUUUUGGGGAAGUGUUCACUGAUCACCUUUUAAUAAUCAGUAUUGCAAAUCACAGAGAUAGCCUAGGGAAAGGGCAAAUACUAUGCACCGUUGUCGCGGUCUCACAUCCGACACCGAACCAGUAACCUCAGUAGAGGAGAGGCGCUCAUAACAAAACCAACCCCUCCGAAGAACCCCCCUACCUCCCCUCCGGGUAUUGUUUUUUUUCUUCUUUUUUUUUUUUUUUUAAAUCCACCGGGGUGUAGAGAGCUGCAGAGAUGUUCGCCGCCGUAGAGCAUGGCCCAGUCCUCUGCAGCGACUCCAACAUCCUGUGUCUGUCCUGGAAGGGCCGGAUGCCCAAGAGCGAGAAGGAGAAGCCGGUGUGCAGGAAGCGCUACUACGAGGAGGGCUGGCUCGCUACCGGGAACGGUCGUGGAGUUGUCGGAGUCACGUUCACGUCCAGCCACUGCAGACGGGACCGGCCCACCCCACAGAGAGUAAACUUCAACCUCCGAGGACACAACAGCGAGGUGGUCUUGGUGCGGUGGAAUGAGCCCUUCCAGAAACUGGCUACGUGUGAUACAGAUGGAGGGAUCUUUGUUUGGAUCCAGUAUGAGGGCCGCUGGUCCGUGGAGCUGGUCAAUGACCGUGGAGCGCAGGUGAGUGACUUCACCUGGUCCCAUGAUGGCACCCAGGCUCUUAUUUCCUACCGUGAUGGCUUUGUACUGGUGGGAUCAGUCAGCGGGCAGAGACACUGGUCCUCCGAGAUCAAUCUGGAAAGCCAGAUUACCUGUGGUAUCUGGACCCCCGAUGACCAGCAGGUGUUGUUUGGUACUGCAGAUGGACAGGUGAUAGUGAUGGACUGCCAUGGGCGCAUGCUGGCCCACAUUCUGCUGCAUGAGUCGGAUGGCAUUGUCAGCAUGUCCUGGAACUACCCCAGUUUCCUGGUGGAGGACAGCAGUGAGAGCGACACAGACUCUGACGACUACCCCCCACUGCAAGUGCAUAGCCAGAAACCACUGCUGACAGUCAGCUUCACCUCUGGAGACAUCAGCCUGAUGAACAACUACGAUGACCUCUCUCCCACCCUCAUCCGCACCGGUCUGAAAGAUGUGGUGGUCCUGUGGUGCUCGCAGGGAGAUCUCCUUGCAGUGGCAGGGAUGGAGAGGGCCCUCCUCUCCCCCGACCUCUCAUGUCCUCCCCCCACCAGGAGCGCCCUUGUUAAGUUCUACAACGUUCGGGGUGAACACAUCUACACACUGGACACACCAGCACAGCGCCCCAUCACUACGCUGUGUUGGGGUCACCGGGACUCUCGCCUGUUCUUGGCAUGUGGCCCAGCGCUUUAUGUAGUGCGAGUGGAGCACCGCAUUGCCAACCUGCAGCUUCUCUGCCUGCAGGGCAUUGCCACAGCAGUGAAGGAGGAAAAAGAUGUUGCCAAGCUCACCAUGCCUUCCCGACUCUGUUCUUACGUCACUUCUGCUUUCAUUCCCACCAUCAAGCCCCCCAUCCCUGAUCCCAACAACAUGCGUGAUUUUGUGAGCUACCCAACCGGUGGAAACGAGCGUCUGCACUGUACCAUGAAGCGUACAGAGGAUAACCCUGAGGUGGGGGGGCCCUGCUACACUUUGUACCUGGAGUACCUAGGAGGUCUGGUGCCUAUCCUCAAAGGCAGACGUAUAAGUAAGCUGCGUCCAGAGUUUGUCAUUAUGGACCCCAAGACCGAUGGGAAAACAGAUGAGAUAUACAGCAACAGUCUGAUAUCUGCCAUGAUUGACAGCUGUAACUGUUCAGACUCCAGUGACAUUGAGCUGAGUGAUGACUGGGUUGGCAAGAAAUCUCCAAAGAUAUCCAGGGGUAGCAAAUCCCCCAAACUGCCCAGAGACUUAGUUUGUCCCUUUACCAACAGGAUCAACAUUGAUCCCAGAAAAUCCCCCAAACUUUCCCGCGCUACACAAGAGAUCUCCAGGUCACCACGGUUACCAAUACGAAAACCCUCAAUUGGGUCACCCAGUCUAACACGGAGGGAAUUUCCUCUAGAUGACAUCACUCAGCAAAAUUACCUAGCUCAGGUCACAUCCAAUAUUUGGGGAACAAAGUUCAAGAUUGUGGGGCUCGCCACAUUCUUGCCAACUAAUCUUGGUGCAGUCAUCUAUAAGACAAGCCUCCUCCAUCUGCAGCCCAGGCAGAUGACCAUCUAUUUGCCAGAGGUGCGUAAAAUCUCCAUGGACUACAUCAAUCUGCCCGUCUUCAACCCUAAUGUCUUCAGUGAGGAUGAAGAUGACCUGCCUGUCACAGGCCCUGCUGGUGGCACCGAUGACAACCCGCCCUGCACUGUCAACAUUCCUAUUGCACCCAUCCAUAGUCCUGCCCAGGCUAUGUCCCCCGCCCAAAGCAUUGGUUUGGUCCAGUCACUCCUAGCCAAUCAAAAUGUUCAGCUAGAUGUCCUAACAAAUCCCACAGCAACCACUGCUGGGGCCACUGCUGGUGGGUCAGACCAAAGACAGGACACCAUGCUGACAGCCCAGUACACAGUUCCCACCAGGUACUCCAGUCCUGGUCAGGUCAUCUUUGGAGGACUAGAAAUGAGUCGCCUAAUGGUGGGACCUCCACCUUCUCAACAACAGCAACAACAACAACAACAACAACAAAGCCACAAUCAUCAACAACAACAACAACAGCAGCAACAACAGCAACACCACCACCAACAAAUUCAACAGCAGCAGCACCAACAACAACAAAUACAUCACCACCAACAGCUUCAGCAGCAACAGCAACUCCAACUCCAACAGCAGCACCAACUCCAACAGCAGCAGCAGCAGAUGCUCCAGCACCAACACUUACAACAGCAGCAGCAGCUUCAGCAACAGCACAUUCAGCAGCAGCUCCAACACAUGCAGCAACAACAUCAACAUCAGCUCCACCAGCACAUACAACAACAGCAACAACUACAGCAGCAGCAUCAACAAAUUCAGCAGCAACUGCAGCAACAAAUGCAUCAACAGCAAACACAGCAGCCGCAUCCAAUGCAACAGCAACACCAUCAACUUCAGCUCCAAAUUCAAAUCCCUGUUCCCUCUAUGUCAUCAGGACAGCCUUCAGGUGCAGCUGUGCACCAGCUCCAGCCGGGGGCGCUGCAGAUACAGAUCCCUCAUUCACCUGCUGAUUUAGUGGUCGAGAGAACAGUGGGGGGGGAACACGAGCACCUACUGAAAAUCAAAACCACUCGGUCAACUCCACAGCUGGCUGAGGGAGAUACAGUGGUGUUUAGUGCCCCUCUAGAGCUCAGCAAGAUGAACCCCCCACCCCCCUAUCCUGGCACAGUGGCUGCCGCUGUUGCUGCUGCUGCUGCUGCUGCCUCCGCACAAGCCUCCAAUGCGGCAUCUGGAACAGUAGGAGGCAUCAGUGGGACUCCUCCUCCUAGCGACCUUUGUCUGAAGAAGGGAGAGUUUUCACUUUAUCCUUCAGGUCAGCAACAAGUGCAGUACCCCACACCACUGGGAUAUGAGAGGAUAACAACAUUUGACAGUAGUGGGAAUGUGGAGGAAGUAUGUCGUCCUCGAACGCGCCUUGUCUGCAACCAGAAUGUCUACACACUCCAGGGACCUGGCAGCUCUGCCACUCUCAGGGUCACCUCAACAUCCUCUUCCUCCUCCUCAGCUGACAAGAAGAUCCAGUUGCCCUACACCUCUGCCACACUGAACAGACUCACUGCACCUCGCUAUUCCAUACCCAGCGGAGACCCACCCCCAUACCCUGACCCAGCCAAUCAGAACAGUGCUGUUGGCAGGAACCCUGGACAGAGGCUUGAUAGCAGUCUGAUCCAUGCCACUCUCAGGAGAAACAGCCGAGAGGCCGCUCUCAAAGUUUCCCAGAUGCUGGAGCCGCCCAGACCAUUGCCUCCUAAGACUAAAAAUAGCAGUGCACUAGCAGCCUCGUUCCAGCAAAGGGUGCCAACAGCCUUAUAUACCUGCAGUCAGUGUAGCAGUGGAUCCAGUGUUGGAAGCACUGCUCCAGGGAGCACUAAUGGAAUAGCAGGAGGAACUAUUAUCAGACAGGAUUUCCCUGCAGGGAAUGGGGCACCACACAGCACAGUUAUCGUUCACUCCAACAGCACUACUCCUCUGGCCUCCCAGUCCUCUUACAGCCUGCUGAGCUCUCUUGAAGGAUCUGGGACUGCAUCAGCAGGAGGAGGAAGUAACAGAGACAGGACUGAUUAUGUUAAUUCAGCAUUUACUGAGGAUGAAACACUGAACCAGUCACUGAGGCAUCUGGCGCUAGGAGGAAAUGAUGCAUCAGGGUUGGUUGUCAAACGUCCACCUCCCUAUCAGUGGGACCCAGCUGCCACAGAGGAGGUGUGGGUUCCUCAGGAGCAGACAGCAACACUUAAUCCCACUGGCCCCCCUGCACCCCAUAAACCACCCCCACUUAUUCUUAGUCCAGCUCAGCACUUGGAUGUGUCCAGGCUCCCUUUUGUCCUUUCUCCAAAGUCCCCCACCAGUCCCAGUGCUGCAUCAUUUCAAGCUGCUGCAGCAGCAGCAGGCUACCAAAUCUCUCUUCAGUACCCUCCAACAACUUCCUAUUCUGGAACCCAGCUUCAGCCCAUACCAGGGUCACCACGCCCCUGUUCCUCCCCAAAGGAGAUGGUGGCACCAGUAGCCUUCUCACAGCAGGAUGCAAACCUUGUCUUACCGCCCGGUUACCCUGCAAACCUGGCAAACCUAGCCUGCUGUCCUCUCCCACCCAUGUAUCCAGGAGGAAGUGCUUGUGCCGGGCUCCCCAUUCCCCCCAUUGCCCUUCACACUCCUUGGGGUACCUAUAAUUCUUGCCCACCUAUGCCUAGUCCUGCAGUGCCACUACCACCCAAAGCCUCCCACAUGGCAGUAGAUAAAAAUGUUCUCUCGCCUCCUCCCCCACCACCACCCCCUCCACCACCACCAGCAGAGCUGCAGAGCCAUGGAGGUUUACAAGAGACCAUGGCAGAGUCUGGGGAAAGUUUUCAGGAGGUUGUCUCCUUGACUGAGAGCCCUGUCCCACAGCGGUCUGAGAAGUUCAGCAAGAAGAACCGCAAGCGGUUGGAUGGGCGUGCCGAAGAGGCUAACGUGCCACCGUUGGCUGAAGGGAGCAAGUCAAAAAAGGAAGGCAGGGCUUUGGGUGACUUUAACUCACUCAUCUCCAGUCCACGGCUGGGAGGAAGGGAUAAGAAGAAGCUAAAGGGACAGAAAGAGCAGCAGUUGAAGGCCAAGAAGCUGAGUAAGGCCACUGCCAAUAGUGAAUUCCAAGAUAGUUCAGAAAGUGAGCCAGAGCUGUUCAUUAGUGGGGAUGAGCUGCUCAAUCAGUGCCAGAGUGGUAAGAAGGGCUGGAAGAGUAAGAGGAACUUAAGAGCUGCCAGUGAACUGGAUGAGAUCAAGUGUCGAAAGGCCAAUGAGAAGGAGGACCGAGGGCUGGGCAGCCAGGGGUUUGUGUAUGUCAUGGCCAACAAGCAACCACUGUGGAAUGAAGCUACGCAGGUCUACCAGCUGGACUUUGGUGGGCGAGUCACACAGGAGUCUGCCAAGAACUUUCAAAUCGAAUUGGAGGGCAGACAGGUGAUGCAGUUUGGCAGGAUUGAUGGCAAUGCUUACAUCCUGGACUUCCAGUAUCCCUUCUCUGCUGUGCAGGCCUUUGCAGUGGCUUUAGCCAAUGUUACUCAACGCCUCAAAUGAGAUGUCCCAUCCUUUCUUACCCUGAGUUAUAUCUGGGAUUAAAAUGCAAUCUGUUGAGGGGGCACAGUUGUUUCAUAUGAGAUAAUAAAACUUUGAUUUUAGAGAGAAGACUUAAAUUAGCCCUGGUCAUAGAGAGAGAUACAAUCAUGCUGCACUACACAAUGCUGCCAAUAGAGUUGGUGCAAUAAGCAUUGGCUGCAUUUGCCAAGGAUGCCCUCAGAUUUGCUCCGUUUGGCAGUCAGUGGCACCUUGUAAUGCAUGUAGGGCCAAAGAGCUGAGCUUUGGUAAUCAUCAUGCAAAUAAAUGCUGCUUUAGCUAGAAGAAGCUUAUAGACAUGAUAACCAAUCGUUAAACUGAGAGGGAAACUUUAACGGUGCAGUUUUUAAAAGAAGAAGAAGAAGAAGAAGCAGCAGAGGUAAUACUUGAAAUCCACACUCUGGAGAUCAGUUUUUUUUUUUUCCCAGAGCACACAGGUACUACUGGGCACUGAAAUCCAUUGCUGUACAAACUUCAGUGAAACAGUUACCACUUUAUUACACUGCUUUUGCUUUUAGUAUUUUAUUAAAUGACUAAACAUGGUCGAGGGUAGAAGAUUUUUUUGUUUUUGCUCCCUGCCAUUCCUUUUGUUACUUUCACAACCUAUCAUGGCUGGAAUUGAGCCUUAGAUAUAUGCAUCAAAUAGGUGAAAAACUAAAAGGUCACUGUAGUAAAAGGAAGGUCAAGGAGUAAAUCUAGAUGAGGUGAACUGCAGUCUUUUCCAUAUAGUUUCCUGGGACUUUGAAGGAAGAAGAAAUGUUACUCUGCUACAUGGAAUAAUUUAUAUGUAAAUUUCGUUCUUUAUCUACUCAGAAAUGAAUUUUAACAUUCAGUGUAUGUCAUUGUUUGUGAUAUACAAUCAUCAUACCCUGUCAACAUGGUUUCAACUUUCCUGCUUUAAAUGGGAGAAGUGGCGGCUGAAUUUGAAUAUUACGGUGUAGUCUGGAGUAACUCAGUUAGGAGGGUUAUACUGAAUAGCUUUGACUGAUAUAUCCUGUACUUAGUGAAUUAUCCAUGGUGACAUGGGCGCAAAAGAAGUUGCCAAGGCCUGGAUUGAACAAUUUAACCUCUGGCAUGAAGUGAUUUGUCACCUGCUGUCACUUCUGUGAAGUGAGUGUAGUUGGAUGGGGCUGUCCCUGCUCUUUAAGACCACACUAAACAUGUAAGCAAGGUACAGGAAAUAUUUUUAUAUAUUUCACCUAUGCCAUUUCAUGCUCUUUUCAGAAGUCAUGUAAAUACAUAUCAGUCAUAUGUAAAUGUUAAGAAACUUGGAUGAUUUUGACAGAUGUCUGUUUACACCUGUCUCCACUGUGU